AUGGCCGAUACUUGGCAACCCCAAUCCUCUUGGAUGAGCUCGCAGUGGUAUCAAGGCAACCACCCCAGUCUGCCUUCAUCAACGUUUCGUGAUUUGGUGAAUGCUUUCCCUAAACCCAAACAAGCGGGUAGAGUGAUGAAACCACGAAGUGCUGGCAACAGUCCUUCCAAUGCUGGCAGACGGAGGAUAACCGUUUCCAACACCUCACCGAUAUAUCGACACCUUCCGACUCAGAAGUACCAGGCGUCUUAUGAUCCUGCCUACCUGGCGUCCGCCAUUAACACGCACACAGCCACCCGGCCAAUCAGCUGGCAUCCAGCGUCGCUAGAAUCCGCGGCGUAUUCAGAGCACAUUCAACCAACCCAGAACAACCUUGGAGCUAUGGGAAUGUGUACUCAACCUACCGACGUAUCCCCUUCUAUGAUGACGGACGGCAGUAUGUUGCCUACAUAUGUGUCAAUUGAUAUCCCAUUCUCAACUGAGACAUGUCCUUUUUCCGGCGCGCAAUAUAUGGCACCUAUGCAGCAACCAUCUUUCGUUGGAAUGAACGGGUCGCAGGUAGAUCCGGUUGCAUGGGGCACCAACGGAUCUAGCAUGUCGGCGGCCACUCAGCCCAUGUCCGACGGCUGGGCCUUCAACAUGAUGUCUAUGAAUAGCAGUAUGCCUUCAGCAAAUGUUGCAGGAUCAGGCUAUGCAAGUGCACCGUCAUCAGGCUGUCUGACCGGACCAUCGACUCCCGAUUUCCUCCCUAUUCAGCAGCCGGACGAUAACUCGAAAUCAUUUUCUGCGCCAGCAGUGAAUAAACCGAAACCUGAGGAAGAACUUGUAGGGAUGGGCCUUUACAACCACCCAGACUCUUUGUUUGACACACCGUUUGAUAGCUUUUCAGGCAAGGGUCUCAAGCUGGAAGAAACCUUCACACCAUCGUCGGACAACGAGGCAGAUGACAAUAAGGAUGCUGAAAACGAAGAUGAUGACGAACAUGUAUCGAACAAGAAGCAAAGCCCUGCUCAAAAUCAGAAAAUACCGGGCUCUAAGCCAUACAAGCCCGUCAAGCCCGCGGAAAAUAUGAUGCAUAAGUCUUUCUUUUUCGACGAUGACGACCUCGAUCGGCAUGUUAUGUCCGGAUCUCAGCAGUUCUUCAAUCUAGGGAGUCAACCUUGCAUGAAUUAUGGAUAUGGAUGGCUUUAG